CUGUCAAUGUGAAUAUCAAUUAAAAACAAUAUGCCAAAAAAGUUCGUUGGCGAAAAUACCAAAGCGAUAGCCUCACGAGAAAGAAAGAAAAUACAGAAGGAAAGUAAAUUAAAAGAAAAUGAGGAAAGAAUAAAUGAGGAAUUGUGGAAAAAUACGGAUAAACAGUCUGAGAAGAAACAAGCAAAAAUAGAAGCCGCAGAAAAGAAGAAACAAGAAGUGAAACAGAAAAAGCUAGAGGCAAAAGACCAGUUAGAAAAGGAACUUGCCUCAAUUAAAGUAAAGAGGGGUAAAGAGGUAAAGAAGUUGACAAGAGCAGAAAUCAGUUCCCAAAGGAAUGAAGCUGAUGCUAAAAAUAAAUCUUUAAAUUUGUCAUCACAUUUAGAAGAACCGUUAGAAAGAAACCUAAAUAAGUUGCCAAUUGAUAAUGCAGAAAGUGCUAGAAACAUCGAUGAUGCUAUUUUGUUGUUGACUGACCAUGUAGAUGAAGACAGACACCCUGAGAAAAGAAUGAAAGCAGCAUACAAGUGUUAUGAAGAAAAAUGUUUGAAAGACCUAAAAGUAACUCAUCCUUCCUUAAAAUUAUCACAACUUAAACAAAUGGUGUUUAAAAAUUGGAAAACUGCGCCAGAGAAUCCUUUGUUACAAAAAAUGUAGUACAUCUAUUGAAUAAAGAGAUAAUUGCCUUUAA